CUCAGCAUGUGCAUGAUUAAUAAAACACAUGAAUUUCCAAUUCCAUCCUUCUUGUCACAUUCUCUCAUUACCAUACAUACAACUUAAUUUUUUUUUUACCUUAAAUUGGUCUCAUUUUAUAACCAUUUACAUAUUAUCUUGAUGAAUACAAAAAACCUGACUCAAUGACAGGCAUGCUUUAGUUACCUUUACAUUAUUAUAUCAUAUUCAUGAACCUGUCUUUUUUUGUUCUUGUGUUUGUAUCUGACACAAUUGUUUUGUUGAAUAAGAGAUUCUGUCAUGAACAAAAGAGAAUAAGAUUUCUUUCUUAUUUUGAAAAAAAACCAUUUGAAAAUUGUUACCAUUUCAAUAUCUAUCUAUAAUCUAUUACUACAAUCUUAUAACUUUGUUCUUUGUAAAGUUCAAUUAAAUGGAGAAGCUAAGAGUAGAAGCUUUUCUAUGUUUUGUGACAUUGUUCUUAUUUUUGAGUUCUACAAAUGCUUUGCUUUCUCCUAAGGGAAUAAACUUUGAAGUGCAAGCUUUAAUGAACAUAAAAGGUUCUUUAGUUGAUCCUCAUGGAAUUCUAGAAAAUUGGGAUGGUGAUGCUGUUGAUCCAUGUAGUUGGAAUAUGGUCACUUGUUCCCCUGAGAAUUUUGUUGUUAGCUUGGGCAUUCCUAGUCAGAAUUUGUCUGGUACAUUAUCUCCAAGCAUAGGAAACUUAACCAAUCUUCAAACUGUAGUGUUACAGAAUAACAACAUAACUGGACCAAUUCCUUUGGAGCUAGGAAAACUUUCAAUGCUUCAAACACUUGAUCUUUCUGAUAACUUCUUCAAUGGAAAAAUUCCUCCUUCUCUUGGUUAUCUGAGAAACCUUCAGUACUUGAGGCUUAAUAAUAACAGCUUUUCUGGUGAAUGUCCUGAGUCACUUGCUAACAUGGCACAACUUACCUUCCUUGACUUAUCAUUCAACAAUCUUAGUGGCUCUGUGCCUAGAAUUUUGGCCAAAUCAUUCAGUAUUGUUGGAAACCCUCUGGUGUGUGCCAUAGGAAAAGAAACAAAUUGCCAUGGGAUGAAACUCAUGCCUAUGUCAAUGAACUUAAACAAUACUAACUAUGCAUUACCAUCAAGGAGGAAAAAAGCUCACAAAAUGGCCAUUGUCUUUGGUUUGAGUCUUGGAUGCCUUUGCUUGUUAGUCCUUGGCUUCGGAUUGGUACUAUGGAGAAGACACAAGCAUAAUCGACAAGCAUUCUUUGAUGUUAAAGACCGACAUAACGAAGAAGUCUACCUAGGAAACUUGAAGAGCUUCCAGUUAAGAGAACUUCAAAUUGCUACUCACAACUUCAGCAACAAAAACAUAUUGGGAAAAGGUGGUUUCGGUGAUGUUUACAAAGGAAUUCUUUCGGAUGGAACACUUGUGGCUGUAAAGAGACUUAAAGAUGGCAAUGUCAGUGGAGGAGAGAUACAAUUUCAGACUGAAGUUGAAAUGAUCAGCUUGGCAGUGCACAGAAACCUUCUUAAAUUGUAUGGAUUUUGUAUGACAACAUCAGAAAGGCUUUUAGUAUACCCUUACAUGUCCAAUGGAAGUGUCGCUUCACGUCUCAAGGCUAAGCCGGUGUUGGAUUGGGGCACAAGGAAGCAAAUUGCAUUAGGAGCAGGAAGAGGACUAUUAUACCUUCAUGAACAGUGUGAUCCAAAGAUAAUCCAUAGAGAUGUGAAAGCUGCAAAUAUAUUACUUGAUGAUUAUUGUGAAGCAGUAGUUGGAGAUUUUGGUUUGGCAAAGCUUUUAGACCACAAAGAUUCACAUGUAACAACUGCAGUUAGGGGCACAGUAGGACAUAUAGCACCUGAGUAUCUUUCCACAGGACAAUCUUCUGAAAAGACUGAUGUUUUUGGAUUUGGCAUUUUGCUUCUUGAGUUGAUUACAGGUUUGAGGGCACUAGAAUUUGGCAAGGCAGCUAACCAAAAAGGAGCCAUGCUUGAUUGGGUAAAGAAAAUUCAUCAAGAGAAGAAGCUAGAUUUACUUGUAGACAAGGAUCUCAAGAACAACUAUGACAAGAUUGAGCUUGAAGAAAUAGUUCAAGUUGCACUUUUAUGUACACAAUACCUUCCAGGCCACAGACCGAAAAUGUCCGAAGUCGUACGCAUGCUCGAAGGUGACGGUCUAGCUGAGAAAUGGGAAGCUUCUCAACGAGUCGACAACUCUACCAAGUGCAAACCACAUGAAUUAUCUUCGUCUGAUCGGUAUUCCGAUCUUACCGAUGAUUCUUCUUUGUUAAUCCAAGCCAUGGAGCUUUCAGGUCCAAGGUGAAAUUUUCCUAGACAAAUUUUUAGUUUUAGUAUAUUUUUCUUUUUUAUUUUAUUAUGUUUUCUAGAUUUCUAAUGAAAUUGAAGAAUAUGUGAUAGUUGAGUCUAGUUGUAUGAUAGAAAUCUUCCAAAGGCUGUUUGAUUUUCCAAAUGUACAUAUAGUUAUUAUUUGUUGAAUUUGAUUUUGUAAUGCAAAUAUUUGUAACAUUAAAAGUAAAUGAAGUCCUUUAAUAGGUUUUAUUUUUUA